GCAUGGAAGCACAUGGAUGGUGGUUCCUUGGAUCAAGUUCUGAAGAAAGCUGGAAGAAUUCCUGAACAGAUUUUAGGAAAAGUGAGCAUUGCUGUGAUAAAAGGCCUCACAUAUCUUAGAGAGAAGCACAAGAUUAUGCACAGAGAUGUCAAGCCCUCUAACAUCCUGGUCAAUUCCCGAGGGGAGAUCAAGCUGUGUGACUUUGGGGUCAGUGGGCAGCUUAUUGACUCCAUGGCCAACUCCUUCGUGGGCACAAGGUCCUAUAUGUCGCCAGAGAGACUGCAGGGCACCCACUACUCCGUCCAGUCAGACAUCUGGAGCAUGGGACUGUCUCUGGUGGAAAUGGCGGUCGGGAGGUAUCCCAUCCCUCCUCCAGAUGGCAAGGAGCUGGAGCUGAUGUUCGGGUGCCAGGUGGAGGGAGAUGCGGCUGAGACACCACCCAGGCCAAGGACCCCAGGGAGGCCCCUGAGCUCAUAUGGAAUGGACAGCCGACCUCCGAUGGCAAUAUUUGAGUUGUUGGACUACAUAGUCAACGAGCCUCCUCCAAAACUGCCCAGUGGAGUAUUCAGUCUGGAAUUUCAAGACUUCGUGAAUAAAUGUUUAAUAAAAAACCCUGCCGAGAGAGCAGAUUUGAAACAACUCAUGGCUCAUGCUUUCAUCAAGAGAUCUGAUGCUGAGGAGGUGGAUUUUGCUGGCUGGCUCUGUUCCACCAUUGGCCUCAACCAGCCCAGCACACCAACACAUGCAGCCAGCAUCUAAGCCUUUAGGCAGCAGUGAAGAUCAAAUCCUCUGCCGGGUGGUGUGCCAUGUUGCUUUCAGGCCUACUUCCCAUGCUUGUCACUGUUCAGACGUGUGCAUCUCACCUGUGACAAAGGAUGAAGAACACAGCAUGUGCCAAAAUUGUACUUGUGACAUUUUUGAAAUUAUUGUCUUUGUUACUAUUGUUUUCCCUCAGUGGAUUGGCUUUGUGCUUGGGGCUCUUUGUGUGUGUGUAGAUGAUCCAGACCCAUGCCAGGCUGAGGUCCAGUGAAACUGGUGAUGUGGCCCUUGCUGACACUGGCACUGCUGUUCCUGCCUGACACUUGGGCAGAUUCUUAGAAACAUGGGUGGUACAACCUCUCAGUGGAGGAGAGGAAGAGACCCCACAGGCAGUGCAUGUGGAGCAUGCUUCGCUGCUAUGAUAAAUGAGCAUCACACAGUGUCCAUCAUCUUAGUACGUUUUGCUUUUGAUGUAGAAUCGAGCCGCUUCAUCACAAGCUAGCCAGAGCCCUCCACUGCCAUGAUAGUCAGGGCUUCACCAGGCUUGUCUACUGUGACUUCUGGUUGUUUCUAUAUUUAUUUUUCAAUAGACUGUGCGGGGUACUUAGUGGUAUAUGUCUCUUUAAAUUUGGAUUAGUGUUUCCAAAAUGCUGAUAUUUUGAAUGUCACAUGGAUCAAGGCAUUAAAACGUCAGAUUUCUAUCCCUGCCCCCAUUCAAGCACCAAUGCUAUUGUAAACGGGUAUAGUGCCUAAAAAUUGUAUGAGAAUCCUUUUAAUCAUUUUAAUCCAGAUGUUUAACAAAUCUAAUCUCUUAUUCUAAUAAAAAUACUGUCAACUU